AUGGGGAAGGCUGGAGUUGGUAAAAGUGCCUCAGGAAACACGAUUCUGGGAAGACCGUGCUUUAAAUCUAAAUUUUCUGCUAGCUCUCUGACUACUGAGUGUGAAAAGGUUGUUGGUGAGGUGGAAGGACAAAAAGUUGCUGUUAUCGACACUCCAGGCCUGUUUGACACCUGGAACACUAAAGAGAGAACAUUUAAAGAUAUCAGCCAGUGCAUUACUUAUGCUGCACCUGGACCUCAUAUCUUCCUGAUUGUCAUCAGACUGUACAGGUUCGCAGAGGAAGAAAAGCAGACAGUGGAGAAGAUUCAGGAAAUCUUUGGUGAGGAAGCCAACAGAUACUGCAUGGUUCUCUUUACUAAUGGUGACCUGCUAGACGGAGUAUCUAUCGAGGAGUUCUUGGAGGAAUACAAAGACCUGCAGGAACUUGUGGCCAAAUGUAACAACCAGUACCACAUGUUCAAUAAUAAGCUGAAGGAUCGUUCUCAGGUCAGUCAGCUGCUGAAGAAGAUCAGAAAUAUAACAGAGAAGAACGGAGGAAAUCAUUACACCAAUGAAACGUUCCAAAAGGCAGAAAGAGAUGUUGAAGAGGAGAAACAACGAAUCCUGGAAGAGAAAGACGAACAAAUACGCAAACAGCUGGAGAAACUGAGGAAGUAA